AUGAAAUCGGAAAAGAACUCAUACCUAAGAGGUGAUCUUGCUUACACCUCACGAUCUGGUUCCAACUUGUUUUAUUACAUAGCAAUCAUUGAAAACUCACUGCUCCGGUUUAUUUGGAUACCGCAGUUUUUACUUAUGCGUUCGGAGUACUUCAGUAACGCUUCAAUUUUUGCUAAAACAGCUCUUUCGACGGCGAUCUUAUUUCUCGAGAUGCUUCGUCGAUUCAUUUGGAAUUUCUUGCGAUUGGAAAAUGAACACUUCAAUAAUUGUGGUGAGUUUCGUACCGUCCGGACAAAGAUCUUAGAAAAAAGAAUAAACUUUCUGUAG